AUGUCUUUACCUUUUAGUGUGGGUCGUCCAAAGCAUGUUCGGGUGAUGGCAGGUGCGCUGGAGGGAGAUCUCUUCAUUGGCCCAAAAGCAGAGGUAUGUACAGUGCUUUACUAAGACCGAUGCCCAUGGCCCUAUUGUGUAACUCAUAAUGUAGGCUAAUGGGCUUCAUGUUGUAGGCCUAGAUUUAGGCCGUUAUUAAACUGAAUCUGUAUUUUUAAACAAUAUAUAGUUAUGGCCAUUAUUCCCAACACCUGUUGAUCUCUCCAUGUGGUUGUAGGAACACAGGGGACUCCUGUCUGUGCGGUACCCUAUGGAGCAUGGUAUUGUGAAGGACUGGAAUGAUAUGGAGCGCAUCUGGCAAUAUGUGUACUCUAAGGAGCAACUACAGACCUUCUCUGAAGAGGUAUUUUUCUCUGGUUUCUGUGACACAGACAUAUUCUGGGUACUUUUAAUUAGAUCAUGAGAUGUUUUUCUCUCUCAGGGUUUCUUGAAAAGUGAAUUUGAAUGUGAGGUUUUGUUUUUAACUGUUGUUUAACUGCAUUGCCUUUCUUUUCCAUCUCUCCUAAUGUUCUUUAGCAUCCUGUGCUGCUAACAGAGGCCCCCUUGAACCCAAGUAAAAACCGUGAGCGUGCAGCAGAGGUGUUCUUUGAGACCUUCAAUGUACCAGCGCUCUUCAUCUCCAUGCAGGCAGUAUUAAGCUUGUAAGUUUGUCUGUCCUCUGUAGCUGCUAUCUUGUCUCAUGUUUGCCAGUGUUAGGUUGGGCAUACUAGAACAUUACAAGAUUUCACCCCCAGAGGAGGAAAACACAAGCUAAUAUGGCAUGUAAUGCAUUAGUAACUGUAGAGAUAUGAAAAUGAUCUAAUAAUCAUUAGCAUAAACACUGUAACAGUUUUGAAUAUCUCUUUGGAUAUUGCAGAUAUGCCACAGGCCGGACAACAGGAGUGGUGCUGGAUGCUGGUGAUGGGGUAACCCAUGCUGUGCCCAUCUAUGAAGGCUUUGCCAUCCCUCACUCUAUCAUGAGGGUGGACAUUGCAGGGCGGGAUGUCUCACGCUACCUACGCCUGCUACUGCGCAAGGAAGGCUAUGACUUCCACACCUCAGCUGAGUUUGAGGUUGUGCGUACUAUCAAAGAGGUAUGGAUGGGGAAAUUGUGUUGCAUUUUUGAUGCGGGUAAAAUGUGA